GUUAACUACGAAAAGCCAUAUACUCUACCAUACUUUACCAACCAACCUCAAUCAACUGCGCCGCCAUGUUUAGCUCCAUUACCGCUAUAACAAUCUUCAUUUUUGGCCUCAGCGCCUUCAGCCACGGUGUCAGCAAUCUCAUCUCCCCACGCAAGGCUCUCACUGCAAAGCAACUACCGGAGUCAGCCCUCCCCGCACUCAAUGGCUUCUCGGUCGCUAUCAUCGGAAUUGGCAUUUACUACAUGCUAGCUGCCUACCAGGAGAACCGCGGCUUCUUUGCGCUCACACUGACGCGGUUCAUUACAGCAAGAAUCUUUUGGCUACAAGGUCCUCCUUGGAGGGUGAUUGCUAAGUGGGAGGCAUUUUCGGCUGUGCUCACAGCUGCUGCGCUUUUUUACGAGAGCUAUUGGGGGAGGUUUGGAGGAUGGGGUUAUGGAGAACCUAUGAUGUAUGAAGAUUCUGCAUAUGGAUAUGGAGAACAUGUGCUUGUGUAAUUUGGUUGUGCUUUUUAGUAGCAAGGCAUCUAACAAUUGAGUCAACUUUGGCUGCCUGAUGGAUUGUCCCAGGAGAAGAAAAGUUUAGUCCUAGUCCUACACACACACAUGAUUUAUAUACAGCGCAUAUUAUUCCUG